CGGGGAGGUAUUUCUCGCAACACCGGCAGGAGGAACACACGACAUCUUUCCCUGCCGUCUUUUCUUCCCCUGUGAUCAACUGAGGGGGCCAUGGCGGCGUGUCUGCGGUCCCUGAGGCUCGGGAUGCCGCCGCUAGUCCCUGGGGGCGCGGCAGUGGGUGGGGUUCACCUGGGGAGGACCACGAGACCCCCACGCCGGCCAGCACAGAGCAUCUCAAGUCUGCACAUAACAUCAAGCAAUGACAAGGCAACACCCGCACCCCAACAACAACAACAACAACAGCAGCAGCAACGAAAAAUGGAAGGGAGGUCGGUGGAAGGAAUCCGUCUCUCCACUCCUAUUCCAUUCCACAGCUUUCAUCCGCUCGACAUCCCGGCUUGCCCGUCCGCCCACACUUUGGAUGACAUUGAGGUCCAGUGUUUAACUUCCAAGAACCAGGAAAUCGACGACAUUAACAACGGCCAGCAAGCAAGCACAAAGAAAGCAGCGGCCGAGGAUGAAGCGAAACGCAGCAGUCGUAGCAUGCGCGUAUUCUGCUUGCCCCCGAACGCAAUCUGGUAUCCGAGGAAGGCCACGCACCUCAAAAAUGGCUCCGUCCUCUGCUCCGUCUCCUACAGCCAGCUAGAAACACAAGUCAUGGAGUGCAUAUCAGAGGGACCUUAUUAUAGCCAAGCACCCCCUCAAACUCCGCCACGGGAAGCCAAAGAAAACGGGGAAUGUGCUCAGGAGGACAUGCUUGGUGGUAGGGAGGAUAAAGGGCUAAAUUGGAGUCUGGGAUCAGGAAUUUUAGGGGUCGCUGAAGAAAACAGGAAUAGUGGGGAGUAUGAUAAGGGUGCAGGAGAGGGUCAUGGUGCUGCUAUAGAGGAGGGGAAGGGGUGCAGAACUAGAUAUAGGAGUGAAGGAAAUGGGACAUGCAGACUAGGAGGGAACAGGCAUUGGGGUGACCUGGAGAAUAGAAGUGUGUGUGACAUGGCAUCAUUCAUCAAGGAAAUGGGAGUGAGGGACGCAGAAAGGGAGUUUUGUUACUUGUCCUCUCCCUUAACUUCCACCUCCUCCUUAGCCUGUUCCUCCUUGUCCUCCACCUCCUCUUCUCCCUCCUCCUCCUCCUCCUCGUCCUCGGGAAACAUGGACGCAAGUGGAAGGCCGAAUCCGGAGCAACUGUCGUUUGUUUUCAAUAAGCUGGCGGAGACGCUGCCAAAACUGUUCGUGCAGCCGCUGGACUAUACAAUCUAUGCCCAGAACAUCGUCUUUGAAAACAGGAUACGGGGCGUUAGAACUGUAGGCCUGUUUCCGUACGUCCGUCAGGUGGCUUUGCUGCGGACCAUUGGCCACCUCAGGUUUGCUUACAUCAAGUUCGAGAUACUGAAGAUCACGAAGCACCCAGAGGAAGGGACAGUCAAGGUGCGCUGGAGAAUCAAAGGGCUCUCCGGGUACAAGGCCAUCCUACAGUUCUGGAAGCUCAGGCUCUGGGAUUGGUCCACCGUGGAGGCUCAGAUGGUCAGCUGGUACGACGGAUUCUCCACCUUCCACAUCGCCUCCGACGGACUGAUUCACCUCCACGUGGCUGACAGUAUGAUGCCAGACGAGGAGGCACGGAUCGUCAACACCAAGGGGCCGCUGGCAGUGAAGAUGGCUGCCCUGCUCGGCCUCGUCCCCAGGCCCAACAGCGGCAGCCUCAACACCACUCCCGACCCGCCCGCACCCCCUGCUGCGGCGGUGAAGGCUGCGGAAGGCAUUAGUGUAGAGGGUGUGAGAUGCAGGGGUGUUGGCAUCACUGAACCUGCUACUACUGCAACUACUGCUACUACUACUACUGUUUCCAUAGGUGAUGUUAGUACUGCUGCUCCUACUACUACUUCCUGUCUGCUGGGUCUCCUUGAAGAGGAGAGAGAUUCUUGUGCUGGUCUGAUGUUGCCUCUUGAGAAAAUAUUCUGAAGAGGAGGAGGAGGUGUCAUGGCCGGAUGAAGAGUUAGCAGGGUCCUGGGCCAUUUUUCCUGACCACCUUUCUAUAGGGCCUUAUGCCACUUCAUCAGAGGCAGCCAUAGUUAAGACAGCCUUAGGGAUGCACGCCUGCUUAGUGCCUGCCCAGGGUGGCCAUGGGAUGCAGGGGCUGGGCCAGGGUCUGCCUACCCAAGGGUGGAUAAUUAUGGCCUGGGCUGCAUCACCUACACUGUAAACUUUGCCCCUGGGGUGCAGGGCCUGGCUGGCCUCGGCAUCAGCCUGAUCCUGGAGGGAGUGUGCUCAUGAAGGAGUUGUGUGAAAGUGUCUUUACUAGGAAAAUGGGAUACUUAGACAUUUAUAUAUUUAUUUAUUUAUUUUCCUCUUUUUUUUCUCCUCUCUGACCUCAUUCUCUCCUUUGUUUCUCUCUCUCUCUUUGUUGUUUGGUUGAGGUUCAUUUCUGUUCUUCUUUUUCUGCUUGUUUUCUUCACAACUUUCUUAACUUGUCAUCUUUUUCUCUAAAAAGAUUCAGACAAGAAAGUUAUUGACCAUGAAUAUUAACUACAAAAACCAGGCCUGAGGUAAACUCUUUGUAGUGAUUGGUUAGCUUUAAAGAAACAAUUGGAAUGCUUAGCGAGGGAGGGAGGAGAGAGAGAGAGAGAUAAUCUUUUUCCUUCACUCCUAUUUCUCUUUUUCACAAAAUAUUCAUUGAAGUUUAAAAGACUUAUUUUUAUUCCUCUUUUUAUCAUUAUCAUUAUCAUUUAUUAUUAUUAUUAUUGUUACUAUUAUAUUUUGACCAGUGCAUGUCACCAAAUGUCUGUAUUUUACCUUAUUUUCUGAAACAUUGAUCGCCACCAUAUUUUUUCUUUGGGCUGUGAAGAAGUAUAGUGUUGACUCUGUACACAACUCUUGGCCAUGCUGCAGAACGCUUGGCAGUAACUCACACUGAAACACGUGAUGUAAUAAACAGUUGACGGCAGUGUUUCCAAUGUUGCUGGUUCGUCGCGUCUCAGUCAGUUCAUCACGCAUGCGCAUCAUCUCGUCUUAGACCCUGAGAGCAUUAUUACUCUAAUUAUCAUUACUAGUACAGAGAUCUUAUGGAUGCAGUAAAAGUCUUAAUCUGGUUUCUAAUAGUUUGGCAACCACCUAUUUUUCCCAAGACAGUCUGGCAUCUCCCAGUUUUUCUCUCGGGCUGUCCCUGCAUUACCAAAUGCCAACAUUUAGUCUACGCACUUUUUUGCCAGAAGACGAAGCGGACUCAGUCCAUAGAUGCGCUUGGUUGGAUCACUAGAGUGAUCGCUUGUCACUGGAAGCUUGACUUCCCUUACCUUUGCAUCAUAUUUAUGAACAAGUGGCAUGAAGAAAAUGUGGCUGCCAGGUGUGCAGCAGAUUGUCUUUGUUUUGAAAGAAACAAAGCAAGGAGGACAGUGUGUUCUUCUCUGUAUUUUCACACAAAGUGAUUUGAUUUGUUUGAGUAAAUGCUGCAGCACCUCCUCCAUGGCCCUUUUUUGAUGAAGCAAAUGAGGCCGUGCAUAUCUGUCUCCUUCACCCCGAGUGACCUGCCUCGGUGAUGCUGCCCCUGCCAGGCUUCAGCUCAGCAAGUUCCUGGCUCCCAGCAUUUCCCAUGAUGCAGCACAAGACUGUUCUCCUGUGAAGGGACUUCCCGUUUUUUGCUUUUACAAGGUAUAUGUGUAGCAUUGUGGAUCAGAGAACAGAUAAAGGUUUAAAGAGAAUGUAUUGACUGUUAAGAACAAGAAAUGGACUUGGGCAGGUCAUAUCAUAUGAUAUCAGACGACAACCAAAGCAGCAGGGCAGCAACCCAGAAAGUGUAUGAGCCAGGACAGACAGAGGAGCAGGUGGAGAGACAAAAUUAGGGCAUUUGGCAGAGCACAGUGUGAGGGGGAGCACACUGGGGAAGGCCUUUGUCUUGUAGUGGCCUGGCAGUGGCUGGAGGUAAUGGGGCUGAUGCAUGGCCAGCAUGGUAAGCAUUCUGUGUUGUUACUCUUGGUAUUCCUGAUAUUGUAUUGCUGCUACCAUUGUUAUCUAAAGCUGCUGUGUAAAUAGUGUAGAUAAUGGAAGUGACUCAAGCAGUAGGCCACACAGUGUAAAGUAUUCUUUUUUUUCUCUUUUUCAUUCAUUUAUCGUUCCAUUGAGCUUCUCUGUACAUAUUGAAAAUAAUAUAUAUAUAAAUAAAAACCGACACAUUGUAAAGACAACUGAUGGUAAUAAAAAGGAAACGUG